AUGACUCCAACACCAAUCUACGACAGCGAUCGAACCGUCCAGGUUGACGAAAGCUCUCAAGAAUCUGGUCAGCAUCAGCAAGGGUUGACUGUUGCAUUCCGGGAUGUGAGCAUCAGAGUUCACGGACUGGGAGAAGACUUUGGUUCCACUUGUUUGUCUGUUCUGGCCGACUUGUUUCCCUUCGCCAAAAGCAAGACUUCUCCAAGACAUAUCCUUCAUGAUGUAACCGGUCAAGUACAGCCAGGGGAGAUGCUACUGGUUCUCGGGCGACCAGGAUCGGGCUGCACGUCUCUCCUGAAAGUCAUAUCAAACCAACGAAACGAGUUCCAUCAUGUGAGCGGCGACGUACGAUAUGGCAACCUUGGCCACAAAGGAGCGCAACAAUUUCGGAAUCAAGUGGUCAUGAACACCGAAGAUGACCUUCACUUCCCGACGUUGGAAGUGAAGCAAACGAUUGACUUUGCGACGUCUAACAAGCUACCGGGUUCACGGCCAGAUUCAACCGUCACUGCCAAAGAAUACUUGUCUCAGAAGACCGAUGCGAUUCUGAAUUCCUUAGCAAUUGGUCACACGAAGAACACCAUGGUCGGGGAUGAAGUCACUCGCGGUGUAUCAGGUGGCGAGAGGAAGCGAGUCUCCAUCGCUGAAGUCAUGGCUACGCAGGCCCCCGUGCAAUGCUGGGACAACUCGACUCGAGGUUUAGACGCCAGCAACGCUUUGGACUUUGUGCGCGUCUUGCGCACGAUGGCCGACGAGGAGCGCAAGUCUAUUGUUGCCACUCUUUAUCAGGCUGGCAACGGCAUCUACGAUCUCUUUGACAAGGUGCUCGUGCUAGCCGAAGGGAGAGAGAUCUAUUACGGUCCCACGUCCGAGGCUAAGCAGUACUUCGAGAACAUGGGGUUUGAAUGCACGCCGGGAGCCAACAUUUCUGAUUUUCUCACGUCGGUUUCGGUCCCCACAGAGCGUCAGAUACGCCCUGGGUAUGAAGACAAGAUUCCAACGAGCCCAGCAGACUUUGAAGAUGCGUACAAGUCCAGCCCACUCUUUGACCGCAUGACACAACAGAUGAAUGCAGUGUCAGAAAAGUCUCUGUCCGAUGAAGUGGAGAGUCUCCUGCGAGUUCGCGACGCAGAGAAGAAUCGAUCUUUACCGUUUCUAUCCCGCCAAAGCAGCCCCUACCAGGUUUCCUUCAUGAGCCAGAUUACGACUUGUAUCAGGAGACAGUGUCAGAUCAUUUGGGGAGAUCGAUGGUCGACCGCACUGCAGAUUGCUUCGGCACUCAUCAUGGCGUUAGUCACCGGCAGUCUAUUCUACGACCUCCCUUCCGAUAGCACCUCCAUUUUCACUCGACCAGGCGCCCUCUUCUUCCCAAUCCAACUUUUCGCCAUGAACAAGAUGUCUGAGACCACAGCAUCAUUUAUGGGACGACGGAUCAUCUCAAGACACAAACGGCUUGCGUUCAAUCGACCGGCAGCUUACGCCCUUGCGUGCACGGCAACUGAUAUCCCGCUUGUCAUCGUCAUGUAUUCUCUGUUCCAAUUGGUCUACUACUUCAUGGUUGAUUUACAACGCGAAGCUGGCCACUUCUUCACAAACUGGUUCAUGCUUGUUCUGUGUACGUUGUGCUUUGCCUCCCUGUUCCGCAUGAUCGGGGCUUGGUGUAAGCAUUUCGGCCUGGCUUCACAAAUCACUGGGUGGAUGACAAUGGUGUACAUGGUCUAUGCAGGCAAGUUGGGACUAUUCCAGUGGUCCAUUAUGGCCGAGGAAAUGGGGGAUCUCACUCUGAAUUGCGUUGAGCCUCAACUUAUUCCCUUCGGAUCCACCUACGACAGCAGCCAGUAUCGCAGCUGCACAGUCAGGGGAUCUGUAUCAGGGUCGACACUCAUCGACGGCGAAACCUACAUGAACUCUCAGUACGCAGUCUACAAAGCACACAUCUGGCGCAAUGCAGGGAUUCUUAUCGGAUUCUGGAUCUUCCUAGCGUUCAUGACUGCGGUUGGAUUCGAGAUCAAUUUGCACUCCGAUUCCGGCUCAAAAGUCUUGUUCGACCGCCGGAGCCGACAGAAGGAGGCAGCCACAAAGGAAGACACGGAAAAGGCGGAUGAAUCAGCUGCUGCCCAUGACGUGUCCUACAUGUCCUUGAGCAAGACAGUCUUUACCUUCAAGGACAUUAGCUAUUUUGUUCGUCACGAAGGAAAGGACUUGCAACUUCUUCGCGGAGUCUCUGGAUACGUCAAGCCAGGCCAGCUGGUCGCACUCAUGGGAAGCUCCGGUGCGGGCAAGACGACUUUGAUGGACGUCCUGGCGCAGAGGAAAGACAGCGGAAGGAUCGAAGGCAGCAUCAUGGUCAACGGCAAGCCGCAAGGUAUCAGCUUCCAGCGCACGACGGGCUACUGUGAGCAAAACGACGUUCACGAACCUACUUCUACGGUCUGGGAGAGCCUUUUGUUUUCUGCGAGACUGCGACAGAGCCACAAGAUUCCGGAUGAGGAGAAGCAAGACUACGUCCGAGGCAUCAUGGAGCUGCUUGAGCUGACGCCUUUACAGCACGCCAUAGUUGGAACCCCUGGCUCAGGCCUCUCCAUCGAACAGCGGAAGCGUCUUACACUCGCAACUGAACUUGUCGCGAAGCCUUCGCUGCUGUUCCUCGACGAACCGACUUCCGGCCUGGACGGGCAGUCCGCCUACGAAAUCUGUCGCUUUAUGCGCAGGCUCGCAGCAUCUGGACAGACCAUCAUUUGCACCAUUCACCAGCCUUCUGCCACUCUCUUUGAUGCCUUUGACGUCCUCCUGCUUUUGGCCCGCGGGGGCCGUACAACCUACUUUGGACCGACUGGCAAGAACUCAGCCACGGUGAUUGACUACUUUGCCCGCAACGGCACUGCUUGCCCACCGCAUGCGAACCCUGCGGAGCACAUUGUUGAUGUGGUCCAAGGACGCUUCGGAACGGAAAUCGACUGGCCGCAGACUUGGCUGGACUCCCCGGAGAGACAAGCGGCCAUUACAGAACUCGAUGCCCUCAACUCCAACCGGGACGAAGGUAAAGACGCACCGCCUUCCACCACGGCCGACGAAGUCAAUGAGGAUCAACUUGCUGGAUUCGCAACACCCGUAUCUUACCAGGUCUAUCUCGUCACGUGCCGACAACUCGUCGCUCUGUGGCGCAACCCGGAUUAUGUCUGGAACAAGAUUGGACUGCACAUCACCAACGGUCUUUUUGGAGGUUUCUCUUACUGGAUGUUGGGUGACGGCACUUUUGACCUCCAACUCCGGCUCAUGGCUGUCUUCAAUUUCGUGUUUGUUGCUCCUGGGUGCAUCAAUCAACUGCAGCCGCUAUUCAUCCAAAACCGCGACGUGUUUGAGACUCGUGAGAAGAAGUCCAAGACGUAUCAUUGGUUUGCUUUUGUGGCAGCUCAACUGCUGUCGGAGAUACCGGUGUUGAUUGUCUGCGGAACUCUUGCGUUUGCGACGUGGUACUUUACGGUUGGCUUCCCUACAGAAGCGAGGAUUUCCGGACAAGUUUACCUUGAGAUGAUUCUUUACGAAUUCUUGUACACUUCGCUGGGGCAGGCUAUUGCCGCAUACAGUCCUAAUGCUUACUUCGCUGCGCUGGCCAACCCUAUCAUCAUUGGCGCCGCUCUCAUCAAUUUCUGCGGUGUCGUCGUUCCCUACUCCCAAAUCACGGCAUUCUGGAGAUACUGGCUCUACUGGCUCGACCCUUUCACCUACCUCAUCCAAGGCAUGCUAGAGCCUGUGGUCUGGGAUGUCGAGGUUCACUGCAAGUCGAACGAACUGACUUACAUUCCGCUCCCGGGCAACAGCACCUGUGGGGAGUACCUUGCCGACUUUCUCUCGUCCGAGCCAGGCUACGUCGUCGACCCCGGAAACAGCACCGUGUGUGCGUACUGCCCAUACAGCACUGGUGCGGACUACAUGAGAACGAUGAACAUCAAUGACUCUAGCUAUGGGUGGAGAGGAGUUGGCAUCACAGCACUUUUCUGCGUUUCAUCCUACGCUCUUGUCUUUUUGAUGAUGAAGUUGAGGACCAAGACUACGAAAACGGCUAACUGA